AUGAAGCAGAGAAAAUUGAUUUGCGAAGGGAAGAUUUCUCAACUAGGUGACGAUUUAUUGGGUCAGAUCGUGAAAUGGGUGAGCGAUCCGGAAGAUAGGAAACGGGUUUCUGAAGUCUGCAAACAAUGGUCGACAGUAGAGGGUCUUACCAGAAGGUCACUUACUUUACUGGAUCUGAGAUUUCUGCGUCGGGUACUGCCUCGAUUCCCGAAUCUGGUUACAUUCCAGACAUCUCAGCCUAUCUCGGAGGAAGAUGACCUCUUGUUCGUAGCCCAAACCUGUCCCAAGCUGGAGGCCAUCAAUCUCACCACAAAACCUGGCGGAUAUGGGGUGUUACCGGAGAACGGCCUUUCCGGUCUGUCAACUGGCGGUGGCCUUCCGAGACUGUCCAAGGUUAUUCUCAGAGGGAGAGUGAAUGUAAGCAUUGAAGAAUGGCUGCAUAAGUUGGCACCUGAUCACUUGACUUAUUUGGAUUUGCACUACUGCGGCUGGGUCGAUGACGAUGCCAUAGAACCAAUUGGGCUACAUUGCACUUGUUUGAGCUAUUUGAAUUUAGGAUAUUCUGAUAUUUCGGACAAUUGUUUGAAAUUGUUGGCACAUGGAAAGUGCUCAGAAACCCUCGAAUCAUUGGUGCUUGCUGGAUGCGCUGACAUUUCGGACAAUGGUUUGAGAUUGCUGGCUAACAUUUCGGACGAUGGUUUGAGAUUGUUGGCAAAUGGAAGGGGCUUAAAAACCCUCAAGACACUGGGACUUUCUGGAUGCUCUAAAAUUUCGGACGAUGGUUUGAGAUGGUUGGCACAUGGAAGCUUCUCUAAAACCCUCAAGACAUUGGAGCUAGCUGACUGCACUGAAAUAACUGAAUCAGGGCUCUCGCAUUUGCAGAAUAUGACAUGCUUGGAGGAGCUGGAUUUGAAUAGCACUGAAGUCGAUGAUGAUGGAGUUAUAGCAGCAGUAUCUGGAAAUCAAUCCAUCAAGAAGUUGAACUUGAGUUGGCUGUACGAACUGUCCGACCAAACCCUGUUUUUUGUUGCUGAUAAUUGCCCCAAGUUGGAGUUUCUUGAUAUAAGUGGUGCUGAUGUAACUGGCGCUGGCAUUCGUGCACUUUCCGGUCACAAGUGCCUGGAGUCUUUUGUUUGGUGCACAUCUGAAACAAAAUUCAUGUCUGAUCUCGAACACAUGGUGCUUGGGUGCCAAUCACUCAAGUCUAUUGUCCUGAGCAAGCACCCUAUGAACUUAAUUCCGGAUUGCGUUAGCAGAAUUGCUACCUAUGAAUUCUUUGAUGAUGAAGAUGACUCAACUUAA